CCUAACAAAUUUACUCAGUGCGCAACAGAUUGACGAUUGUAGUCGCUCAGAGAAGGAACUCUUUGAAAGUAGACUGAUUUUAUUCUACUAAUAAAAUGAGGGAGAUUGUUCACUUACAAGCUGGGCAGUGCGGUAAUCAAAUUGGCGCAAAGUUCUGGGAGGUGAUAAGUGACGAGCAUGGCAUUGACCCCACUGGAAGUUACCAUGGGGACAGUGAUCUUCAGCUGGAAAGGAUUAAUGUGUACUACAAUGAAGCUUCAGGUGGAAAGUAUGUGCCACGUGCAGUACUUGUGGACUUGGAGCCUGGGACCAUGGACUCUGUGAGAUCUGGACCAUUUGGUCAGAUCUUCAGGCCUGACAACUUUGUCUUCGGUCAGAGUGGAGCUGGUAACAACUGGGCCAAGGGCCACUACACUGAGGGCGCAGAGCUGGUUGACUCUGUCUUGGAUGUAGUAAGGAAGGAGGCUGAGAGCUGUGACUGCCUGCAGGGCUUCCAGCUCACCCACUCCCUGGGAGGUGGAACUGGCUCUGGCAUGGGCACCCUGCUUAUCAGCAAGAUCCGUGAAGAGUAUCCCGACCGCAUCAUGAACACUUUCAGUGUGGUGCCCUCCCCUAAAGUGUCAGACACUGUGGUGGAGCCCUACAAUGCUACCCUCUCAGUCCACCAGCUGGUAGAGAACACAGACGAGACCUACUGCAUCGACAACGAGGCACUCUAUGACAUCUGCUUCCGUACCCUCAAACUCACCACGCCCACCUACGGAGACCUCAACCACCUGGUGUCUGCCACCAUGAGCGGGGUCACCACCUGUCUCCGCUUCCCCGGCCAGCUCAACGCAGACCUGCGCAAACUGGCAGUCAACAUGGUGCCUUUCCCCCGUCUCCACUUCUUCAUGCCCGGCUUUGCCCCCCUCACCAGCAGGGGCAGCCAGCAGUACAGAGCCCUGACAGUUCCAGAGCUCACUCAGCAGAUGUUUGACUCUAAGAACAUGAUGGCGGCCUGCGAUCCCCGCCACGGCCGCUAUCUCACCGUGGCCGCAGUCUUCCGCGGGCGCAUGUCCAUGAAAGAGGUGGACGAGCAGAUGCUGAACGUACAGAACAAGAACAGCAGCUACUUCGUUGAAUGGAUCCCCAACAACGUCAAGACUGCAGUCUGUGACAUUCCUCCCCGUGGCCUCAAGAUGGCUGCCACCUUCAUCGGCAACAGCACUGCCAUCCAGGAGCUGUUCAAGCGCAUCUCUGAGCAGUUCACAGCUAUGUUCCGCCGUAAGGCUUUCCUCCAUUGGUACACCGGAGAGGGCAUGGAUGAGAUGGAGUUCACUGAGGCAGAGAGCAACAUGAAUGAUCUGGUGUCUGAGUACCAGCAGUACCAAGAUGCCACUGCAGAGGAGGAAGGAGAGUUUGAGGAGGAGGGUGAAGAGGAGUUGGCUUAAGUUGUUUUUGUUCUUUCCUUUUAAGACCUCAGUUUCUUUUUCAUACUUCCUGUGUCUGGCAACUUUCAGCUGUACCUUAUUUUUGUUUUGUUCACUUGCAAUAAAAUAAAUGUAGUUAAACCAA